UACAAUGACAGGAAGAGAGUGGUUGAAACGAAAGAGUGAUCGUUUUAAUUAUUAACCUGAAAAAUAUUGUCAUAACGUUUAAUUUUGCAUAAUAAAUAUUUAAUAAGAUUCGAUUUAAAAUGCAAACUACCGACGAAGAAAAAAGCGAAACUUUGGAACUCCAAUCAAGUGAUAAUACUGUUGAAAUUAUGCGAACAGAAUUAAGAGAAGCUACUUUGACGAAAAGAAAGGAGGACCGAGCAUUUGCAUGGAGAAAAAAUCGCAUAAACUUAGGAGAAUGUCAAAGGAGUCAACUAUUUUCGAUCGAGUAUGUUAAUGAAAAAGUGAAACUUCUUAAAAAGAGAAAAAUAUCUUUUGAGGAUUACAGAUAUUUGCCUAAUGCUCUUAUUCAGUCAGAGGAGAAUAUAAAUACCUUUUUAAAAGUAGAUCAAAGUUUAUCAGGCCUGGCACGUGAUCUUUCUGGUAACAAUCCAACUCUUCAAUUAUAUGCAGCUAAUUGCUGCUGUAAUAUUGCUCUUGGAAAUACAAAAGCAUGCACAGCAUUGGGAAAAGCAGUUGUACCAUAUCUGAUUACCGAGCUUGAAAGCUUAAACUUUGUAUUGCUAGAUACUUGCAUUUGGACAAUUGGUAAUUUAGUUGCAGGAAGUGAUAAAGCUUUUUCUAUUCUACAUGCACAGCAUUGUCUGAAAUAUUUAAUCUUGUUAUUGCAUAACUGCGAUGAUUCAGUUUUCCCAUCUGUAAUAUAUGCACUGUUGCAAUAUGUACGUGUGGGAUUUCAUCAGAUAUCGGAAAGUGAAAUGACAGAGUUAGUUCAAGCAAUAAUAAAACGAAAUCUCUUGUAUGAAAAUUCAGAUAUUAUUUGGUUGUUAGCUUUAUUAUCCUCUUCAACAAUAUGCACCAUACAUUUGUACUCUAUUCUGCCACAAGUUAUUGAUUUUCUUUAUCUGACAAUUUCUAGUUCUGAUGAAAUAACUCGUACUAAUGAGAUUACAGCAUCCAUACGUAUAUUAGCUAAUACAUUAAAUAGUUAUUGUCAAAAUGAAACAGAUAUCCUCCUGAGAAAUCCGAAAUAUUUAGAUAAGGAUCUACAUCUUUUAUUAAAUAAACUAUUAUCGCAUCCAUAUAUGCAUAUUAGAAAGGAAACUCUCUGGUUGAUAGGAAAUUUAUACAAUCAUAAAUCACCUAGUGUUAGUAAAAAUAUAAAAGACAUUAUACCCUUUCUGCCAGCGCUAAAUCAGGCUUUUUCCUCAAUUGAAUAUUCUGGAUGAGUAUAAACACACCUUCAACGCCUUCAUAAAACAAUAUCUGCUUUAAAAAGUGUCUUCUAUACAAGGCACCUUGACCAGGUUGAAAUAUAUUUGCCCCAUCAGAUUCGCUGUUGGAUGAUUGGCAGCUUUCAAG